UGAACAUAUCUGAGCGUUUUGGCUUUGUCUUCGAUUACUCUUGGACUGUUUAUUCUCUUCGUGAUUCAUUGCUGCCUGUCCUGGACGAUGUAAAUUAUAUUGGAUAAAAACACAGUGAUCACAGUUCACGCCUGCAGUGAAGCCCCUCCCACAACAAUUCACCAAUAAAUACUGGGAAUAUACCCAUCACCCUACAAGAGAAGGAAAAUCUCCAGGAGUAGCAGCUGAAAUCUGUGUGACUGUUAAAGAUGGAGUUUAUUAAAGAGGAGAUUGAAGACAUGAGUGAUCCAGAACCAUCCAGAAUAAAACAUGAAGAUACUGAGGAACAAAUAGACCAGGUGAGAGUGAAAGAGCAAAGACAAGAACUGAAUGAAGUGAAGGAGGAACAUCGUAACUUUACAAUUCAAAGAACAAAAGCCAAGAAGACGCACACCUGCACUCAGUGUGGAAAGAGUUUCACACACAAAGGACACCUUAACAUACACAUGAGAAUUCACACUGGAGAGAAACCGUUUACAUGCACUCAGUGUGGAAAGAGUUUUUCUCAAUCAUCAACUCUCAGUGUUCAUCUGCUCAUUCACUCCCAGCCAUUUAACUGUGAUCAGUGUGGUAAAGAUUUUGUUUCAUCAUCAGAUCUAAAACACCACCUAAAAGUUCAUUCAGAUGAGAAGCCUUAUGUGUGUUCUCUCUGUGGAAAGAGUUUUUCAAGGCUGAACAAUUUUAAAAAGCACCAGAAAAUACACAAUGAAGUGAGAGAUUAUAUUUGCUGUGACUGUGGGAGGAGUUUUAUUACAUCUCGUGAUCUGAAACUGCAUCAAAGAAUUCAUACUGGAGAAAAACCUUACAAGUGCUCAUAUUGUGACAAGAGUUUCACUCGGUCUGGAACUCUGAAAUCACACGAGCGAGUUCAUACUGGAGAGAAGCCGUACGACUGCACUCAGUGUGGAAAGAGUUUCACAGAGAAAGGAACCCUUGACGCACACAUGAGAAUUCACACUGGAGAGAAACCGUAUAUAUGCUCUCAGUGUGGAAAGAGUUUUUCUCGAACAUCAAAUCUCAGUGUUCAUCUGCUCCGUCACUCUGGAGAAAAGCCAUUUAACUGUGAUCAGUGUGGUAAAGAUUUUGUUUUAUCAUCAGGUCUAAAAUCACACCUAAAAGUUCAUUCAGGUGAGAAGCCUUAUGUGUGUUCUCUCUGUGGAAAGAGUUUUUCAAGGCAGGACAGUUUUAAACGGCACCAGAAAACACACAAUGAAGUGAGAGAUUUUAUGUGCUUUGACUGUGGGAAGAGCUUUACUACAUCUGAUGAUCUGAAACGGCACCAAAGAAUUCCUACUGGAGAAAAAGCUUAAGCCCGGAACACACCAAGCCGACGGUCGGCCGUUUGGCAGAUUUUGUGCGUCGGCCAACUAAAAAUAGUUCUCGUCUGCUUUAUUUCGCCCACACCGUUGGGGAAAGAGAGAACUCUGAUUGGCUUUUCAGCUUAUUGAAAUAGUCAGGCACGAGAAUAAAAGCAAAACAGCGAGCAAAGAAGUCAAAACGGUAAAUACAGAAGGCUGUUCUUAUGUUACGUCUUCU